AUGAGACUGUGGAAGAGGAAAAUUACCGUUGCUGAUGAUGUGGUGACAUCUGCGGUACAUCUGACAUUACGACAAUCACUUAUACCCAAUUUUCUAGUCACAAUCCUUUUUUUCCUCUGGGGAUUUGCCUACGGACUUCUGGAUGUUUUAAAUCCUCAUUUCCAAACUUCCCUCAACAUCACCGCUUCAAAAGCCUCCGGCCUAUCAGCCGCCUACUUUGGUGCUUAUGCGCUCUGCCCAACAACAAUAAGUGGCUGGGUACUUCGAAGAUGGGGAUUUAGAGUCACAUUCAUGACUGGGCUCUGUGUCCUUGCGGUUGGUUGUCUUUUAAUGUGGCCAAGCGGGGUGAAACAUUCAUUUGGCGGAUACUGUGGUAGUAUGUUCGUUGUUGGAGCCGGAUUAUCAACUCUCGAAACUGCAGCAGAUCCUUUCCUCUCCAUCUGCGGUCCUCCAAGAUAUUCAGAGAUUCGUCUCAAUCUCGCACAGGCUGUUCAAGCUGUGGGUUCUUUCGUCGCCCCCCUCCUAGCUUCUCGCGUUUUUUUCGCUAAGACAGUCGACAAUGAUCAAGGACUCAAGAACGUUCAAUGGACUUACCUCGGUGUUGCUGGUUUUGUCGGCCUUCUGAUCGUCUUGUUUUAUUUGGCACCAAUGCCAGAAAUCACGGAUGCUGAUAUGAGCACCCAAGAAUUGGAAAUUGCCGAUUAUGACCCUGGACCAUUCAAAAGACAAUUCAAUCUCUUCCUUGCUGUUUGGAGUAUGUUCUGUUAUAUUGGUGCACAAGUUUCGGUUGCAAAUUAUUUUGUCAACUUCUGUGUAGAAGCAGGCAAAGAUGCACCUACCAGCUCCGACAUAUUCGCUGCAGCACAAGGUCUUUAUGCUUUCAACCGUUUCGUAGCCGGUGGUCUCAUGACUUUCAAAGUCUUCAAACCUCGCUAUAUCCUAGCAGCCUACCUCUUUCUAUCCUGGCUCUUUGUUCUCUCUGCCUCUCAAUCGCAUGGUAAUGGCAGCAUUGCCUGUCUAGUUCUGGUCCUGUGUUUCGAGUCCGCCUGUUUUGCUACAACCUUCACCCUCGGCCUCCGUGGUCUCGGUCGACAUACCAAACUCGGAGGAUCACUCUUGGUAGCUGCAAUUUCUGGAGGAGCAGUAUUUCCACCUAUGACGGGUGCUGUAGCCACGCAUCUAACAAAUUCUGGAAGCAAGAAACCAUUCCAUAUGGCCAUGUUAAUUCCUAUGAUGGCAUUUGUGUUGGCAUACAUUUAUCCCGUAUAUGUGAACUUUAUCGUUAAGGACAGAAUGGAUGAACGAAGAUUGACCGCUGUGGGUAUCGACCCUGUUAAUGAAAAGGAAUUCGCGUUGAAGCAAACUGAAAGUGCUGGUGCGCCUGCACUAGCUAAGGAGCUUGAGGCUGGUAAUGGAAAUGUGGAAACAGUGGAGCGGGUCUAA